CCAAACUCAAAAGUAGAGUCGAAUGCUGGGCUACUCGCAUCGUAGCGCGUGUAAGUAAGCGUUCUUCAUUCUUGAUUCUUCACUAUUCACUGAUAUAUGAAUGGUUGAUUUGGGUUCGACUAGGUGGUUUGAAACAUCUCAAGACAAACACUCUAAGGCAUGCUAAAACGCGGAAACAGGAUGGUGAAACAACAAAGUAAUUCCCAAAGUAUACGGAUGCCUGUUAUUACUACGUUUCUCAUUUUAAUUUGUGUUCUAGUUUGGGUUUUAUAUAGGGAAAGUGGAGAAAAAUCUGAUUCAUUGACUGGUUUAAUCAAAGAAAAUUUGAAUAGCGUUAGCUUUUCGGUUAAGUUAGACCCAACUGUGGAGUUCAGAAAUGGGACAGAUUUAAUAUGGCAAAUCCCGGACUCACCCAAGGCAAUUCUCUUUCUAGCACAUGGUUGUAAUGGUAAAGCAGCUAACUUUUGGGACAGAUCACCUAAGUGCCCGAAUUGUGUGGGUCUACCUGAAGAAAGACUUAUCACUCUUAAUGCCUUAGCUAAGAGAUUUGCAGUUCUCGGGGUAUCUAGUUCCGGGAGGUGCUGGUCGAUGGAAGAGGAAAGGUUUAUCGUUAAAGAUAUUAUCGAAUGGUGGGUUGUGAAACAAAAGCUUCAAAGCUUGCCUCUUGUAGCUUUAGGUGCUUCAUCUGGUGGAUAUUUUGUUUCAGUUCUUGCAACUGAUUUAAGAUUCAGUAGCAUAACAAUAAUGAUAGCCGAGGGUUUGUUUGAUCGAAUGGACAUUCCGAAGAGUUACCCUCCUACCCUAUUCGUGCACAUGCCCAAAGAUAAAUGGAGAAGGGUGAGAAUAGAGAGAUACUUGACAUUCCUGAAGAGUAAAGGCAUUGAUGUUGCAGAGGUCAAAUGCAUGGAGUUUGCAUUGUCACCUAAUCUGUUAGCUGAUAGGAUUCCGGGUCUUGAUUUAGCUACCUCAGGGAAGUUGUAUAGUCUGUUCCAGGAAAAAGGUUUCAUUGAUGCAAAAGGUUUCAUGAGAAAUGACGGGCGUGCAAUACAAUGGAAAGCGGCUCUCAAGGAGAGAGAGAUUAUUCUCCCAGACAAGUCCAUAGCGAAUCACAUUCAAGAGGAAAUGAAUCUUGCGUUUGCUUAUCAUGAAAUGACCAGCUUGCCGUCUGAACAAAUCUUUAACUGGUUUGAAACUCAUAUGAGCUGAUCAGCAUUCUUAUGCUGUGUAAUUUUCCUCUAGUGGCAGAGGAGAGAAUAUGGUUACCACAGCUUUGGACUGGGUGACAACAGACCUCAGUACUGUUUUGUGCUCAUGUUAUUUCACUGGGUUGAAGUCCAAGUGGGUAUUCCUGUGGUCACAUUGUGAUGGAAAAUAUUGUCUCAGCAUUCGAACUUCAUCAUGUGAAAGGGCUGCCUACUGUUAUAUAGAAAACAGUGUAUAGUGCAAAACACUUAGUACCUAGGUCUGCUUUCUGUUUUUUAGAAAAAAGGUAAUUGAAACUAGGUUUACUCUUUGUCCUUAGGAAUGAAGCUCUUUUUUUUAAAUGAAGUUAGGAAUGAAAAUUUUCAAGUGCAAUUUCAUGUAAGUUCUUGUUAUCUCACCAUUAUAGGAAACACAAGCCUUUCUGUUCUUGAAUAUCUUGGGAAAUAAAAUCAAAUUUUUAUCUCUUUUAUUCUAA